AAUUAUUUGUUCGACAUUGUCAUUUCCAUUUCCAUAUUAUAAAAACUAUAUAGUAAAAAAACAGAAAAAAAAAGGCUUUGGAAUAACCAAAGAUCAAUGAAAAGAAAUGAGGAUGAUAACCACAUCCUCUGUUUUCAUUUUCUUAUAGAUCUCUGAGAUUGUGGAUUGAGUUUUGAUUGAUGGUAUAAAGAUCUGAUGUUGUUAGAUUGAAUCCAAAACUUUCAUUUUGCUGUUUAAUCAGUAUUUUGAACACUGGGGUCUGCCUGAUUUUCUUCAUAAAAAGAAAUGAUGGAGACAGAUCUCGGUAAGCUAUUUAUAGGUGGGAUAUCUUGGGACACAGAUGAAGAACGUCUUAAAGAAUAUUUCACUUCGUAUGGAGAAGUGGUUGAAGCUGUGAUCAUGAGAGAUCGCAAUACUGGUCGUGCUCGUGGUUUUGGUUUUGUUGUCUUUGCUAAUCCCGCUGUUGCUGAAAGAGUUGUUAAUGAGAAGCACAUCAUCGAUGGGAGGACGGUUGAGGCAAAGAAGGCGGUUCCGAGGGAUGACCAACAAAUAAUAAAUAGAAACAAUAGCAGCAUUCAAGGAUCUCCAGGUCCUGGACGCACAAAAAAGAUAUUUGUAGGAGGUUUAGCAUCUACUGUUACUGAGAGUGACUUCAAGACAUACUUUGAUCAGUUUGGUACAAUUACAGAUGUUGUAGUGAUGUAUGACCACAACACUCAGAGGCCAAGAGGCUUUGGAUUUAUAACUUAUGAUUCAGAGGAUGCAGUGGAUAGGGCAUUGUAUAAGACGUUUCAUGAUCUAAAUGGUAAAAUGAUUGAGGUGAAGUGCGCUGUUCCUAAAGAGCUGUCUCCGGGGCCCAACAGGAGCCCUUUCACUGGAUUCAACUAUGGACUUGGUAGAGUAAAUAACUUUCUCAACAACUAUGCUCAAGGGUAUAGUUUAGGUUCGGUUGGAGGAUAUGGGGUCAGGAUGGAUGGUAGAUUUAGUCCAGUUUCCAGCGGACGUACAAGUUUCUCUCAGUUUUCUUCUCCUGCUUAUGGAAUGGGUGUCAAUUUGGACCCAGCUUUGAGCCCCACCUUUGCAGGAGCUUCCAAUUUUAGCAACAAUCUUGGUUAUGGGCGGGUUCUGAACCCAUAUUUCACUGGCAACUCAAGCAGAUACACUACGCCCAUUGGAUAUAACACAGGCAGCAAUAGAGGUGAUUCUUUGCUUAGCUCACCAACCAGGAAUGUAUGGGGAAAUGGUGGUCUUAACAGUUCUCCAGGUCCUGGUAGCUCCGGUUCAUUUUUGGGAUCCGGAACUGGUGGUUAUGGGGUCUUUGGGAAUAAUGGUGCCAAUUGGGGCUCGUUGGCUAUUUCUGCUCCAGUUGGUAGUGCUUCUGGAUAUGGUGGUCGGAAUGUUGGGUUCAGGAGUGGGGGAAACGGUUAUGGGCUGGGAUCUGGAGGACUUGCAAGAAGCAAUGCAGCAGGUGGUGUCCCAACUUCAUUUGCUGCAUCAGGUGGUGCUUAUGAGGGGUCUUAUGGAGAUGUAUAUCGCAGUGGCUCCAUGUAUGGUGAUUCAACAUGGCAAGCUGUGUCUUCUGAUAUGGAGGGCUCUAAUACAUUUGGAUAUGGACUUGAAAAUCCCGCAGAUGAUUCAGCUAAAGACUCUGAGAAUUAUAUUGGAAAUUAUAGUAUUGCAAAUAGACAAUCAAAUAGAGGAAUCGCAGCAUAGGAGAUCUGAAGAUUCUUCGAAGUGCCUUAAGAAAAUUAAGUGGGCUGUGAAUGUUAAUCCAUAUUCCACUUAAUAUGCAUUUCAGCUAUAGCUGAUCAUAUUGAGCUAACGAGGGGCCUGUCUGGAAAAAGUAUACAUAUUGAGAAAGAGACAAAGCAGUUUUUAAAGGGGUUUUGUGUUAUAAAUUGAGGUUUCAAUUUUUCGAAUUUAGGCUGGUGUAUCAGCAUUUAAUCAAGAUGUAUAUCCGAUUAUACUUGACACCGUCCACUACAGUUGAUGUGUGUUGUUCAUCCUCAACAAAGCGGAGUAUCAAUUGGACUAUGUCAAGAGGUAGAGUUUUUUUUGAACUUUUUUGUCCAGUUUAGUAACUGGCAAAGCUGCUGUUGUUUGUUCUUGUAGUUCUUUUAUCAGGUAUUUGUUUUUUUUCUGAGACUGUAUUCGACAUCUUUUUUAUAUACUAGUGUGUAACAACAGGGAUACCAACCAAAAAUAAGUACUGAAUUUUCUGAUUUAUUCUCCUUGCAGAUUUGUAUAAGCUCUAAGUUUUAAUCUUUAUAUUGUGUAAGCAACUAUGUUGCAGUUGAA